AUGUAGCACAAGUGGUUGGAAUGCUGUUGCUUCUGAUCCUUUUUGAGAUAUGACUAUGAAUCGGAAACAUGGAAUUUGCUGGUUUCGUUUGGGAGGAUUAUGAAUUUUGCACGUCUUUGAGCCAGUGAAGCACUUGGUUUAUUUUCCCACUUGGGGGCUUCAUGUGAUUCUUGGGGCUUCAUUGGCUGGGAAUGGCUGUUAGUAGGAUUUCAUCUGUCAAUAGACAGAGGAAUCCUCGGAAAUUUAUGAGCCUUCUGUCUUCAGCUGCUUGUGAAUGGUUGUUGAUAUUUUUAUUGUUUGUUGAUGCGGCCUUUUCAUAUUUACUGACCACUUUUGCAUCUUAUUGCGAAUUACAAACACCUUGUCUACUAUGUUCAAGGCUUGAUCAUGUUUUUGGAAACAAAAAUCCUGGAUUCUAUCGGAAUCUAUUCUGCAGCAACCACAAAACAGAGAUAUCCACUUUGAUAUCUUGUCACCUCCAUGGUAAGCUUGCUAAUGUCGUUGAGAUGUGUGAAGAAUGCCUCGUGUCAUUUGUCAUGCAGAACAAAUCAAACCCAGAAUCAUACAGGUUGUUGGUAGGUAAAUUGGGACUGGAUUUUGAGCGAUGUGGUUUUGAGAGUCCAUUUCUGAAAAAGAACUUUACAGCUGGUUCUUUAAGCAAAAGGAACUGUUCUUGUUGCGAUAAGCCAUGGAGGACCAGAUCAAAUGCUCAAGGAUUGCUUCAGUUAACUCCAGUUGGGUUUGGGGCUAGUAAAGCUAUUGUCAAACCUCCUUUGCCUCGCUUGCCAGGACGUAGUCGUUUAACCCGUAGAGAUAGCUUGAGGAGGAUACGGGAGAAAUUUUCAGGACCCUUAACACCCCAUUGUUCUGGGAAUACUGGUGUUGACUCCUUGUCUCAUGUUGGAUAUACCGAGCUGAAGAUCACGUCUGAUUCCGAGUCAGAGGUCCCAUUUUCUGAUGAUGAUGGAAGUUCUGUAGUUCGUGAAGAAUUUGGUCACAAGGAAGAUCUUGUUGUGCAACCUGGUCCGGGAAGUCUGUCCGAGGCAAGGACUGAAUAUGUGGCUCCAGUGAAGCAGGCUCAUCAAGCUUCCAAUUCUGGGCCAUCACUUCUUGAUCUGUCUGUGCCAAUUGAUGCAAGUGAGCCCAAUCAUGUAAAUCCUUUGACGUCAAAUGUUAUAGGGCAUGGUUUGGGAGAACUUAACUGGGAACAUCCUAUUCCAAAUCCUAAUUCUUCUGCAUUGCCAGAGCUUAUUUGGUUGGAUGAUGUUCCCCCUUCAUCUAAUACCUUAGGAGCUCCCUUUGGUGUAUUAGCGGAGGGAUCUAAACAUGAUAUUCCUCUCUCACACAUGUCCAGGCUUUCUGCUCUAUCUGAGCUUGUGUCACUAUAUCAUGUUACCCCAUCAUCCAAUGGCGUGGAACUUCCUCUUGGCAUAUCUCCACAGACGGGAACCAGUGACAUUGAACUUCCAUCAACCACUACUAAAAUUGGAGCAGAUUUUUCGAAUGAUGCUACUCCAUCAAUGCCUGAUAUACACACUACAGAUGUUUCCAAGUCAGCUAUAAAUCAUAAAACAAGAAAUGUACGAAGUUUACUUGCAGAUCAACUUACCGUCAGUGACGCAGAUGAAGGUGAAGAUCUGAAGUUCUUGCCACACACAUUAAAUCCUAAUGAUAUGGAUUCUUUAUUGAAUAAUACAAGUCCCAGAACAUAUGGUCAUCAAGAUGGAUUGCAGAAAAGUGAUGUUUCCAACUCUGAUGGAAUUCAGGUGCUUCAGAGGUUCACCUUAUCGGAGAGAAAUGAUUCUGAUUGUGAAUCUGUGGAUGGAAACAGUGUCUGUGAGAUUAAGGGUGAAAGUGUUGUUGAUAGGUUACAGCGACAGGUUGAGCAUGACCGGAGAUGCAUGAGGGCUUUAUACAAGGAAUUGGAGGAAGAAAGAAGUGCUGCUGCAGUUGCUGCAAAUCAGGCAAUGGCCAUGAUUACAAGGUUGCAAGAGGAGAAGGCAGUACUUCACAUGGAGUCCUUGCAGUAUCUACGAAUGAUGGAGGAGCAGGCAGAGUAUGAUAUGGAGGCACUGGAAAAGGCGAAUGAUCUCCUUGGUGAAAAGGAGAAAGAGAUGCAAGAUUUGGAAGCAGAGUUAGAGUUUUAUAGGAUUACCUUUUCACAUGAAUCAGCGAUGGAGACUCUGCAUGAGGAAACAUCCAAUUCAAGAAGGGAAAACGUUACAGUUGAGACUAAUGGUGUACAUUGCAAUGAUAAUAAGGGCAACAUCCCAUGUGGCUCAAGAUCUUCUAAGAUAUCCGAGGGCAGUCAUAAACCUAUCAAUGGAAAAACUUCACUGUUAGACUUUGGGGAUGAAAAACUGUACAUUUCUCAAUGUUUGAAGAAGUUAGAGAGAUCGCUUCAUCAAGUUUCUAGUAAUGGGGAGUCUAGUGACAUGCCUAAUGGUGGAUAUUCAGAAAAGAUGACAGAUGCGGUAGAUAACCAGGGAGAGUUUCCUAUCGACAAGGGGACCCAAAUAAAUCAUCAGAAGAAAGAGAACGGUGUUUCAUUGCAAAAAGCUUUUUCUGCAUCAAAUGGAAACCCUUCUGCUAAAGAUAGUUCUGUUGCUUCAGUUGAGGACAAUCAUUUUGUCAUUGAAAAGAACUAUCUUGAUUCUGAUCGGCAAACAUCCUUUGAGCAUUUUGGCAAACUUGAUCUGACUGCUAUUGAAAAUGAAAUUUUAGACCUACAUGAUAGGUUGGAAGCAGUUGAGGCUGACCGUGAUUUCCUUGAGCAUGCUUUUAACUCGCUCCAAAAUGGAAAUGAGGGUAUACAAUUCAUUAAAGAGGUAGCUCAUCAGCUACAAGAAUUAAGGAAAUUUGAGUUUAGAAGAAAAUGUGUCUCUGCCUUGUAAGGGUGCAUAUCUUGCUGUGACAUGAUACACAUUGGAUAUAGGUGGAACUAACCACAGAGAGUGCAGCUCCAUCAUCAGUCCAUAUCCUGGGGGAGAGACUGAGGCGGUCAAGGUUGAAUGCUAAAGGUAUUAAUUGUGGUCACAAAAUAAAGAUUUUGAGCCAAGGUGCUACCUUGGUUUGCAAAGAAAGUGAUGGUGUGCUGGAGGAAACUGAUUCGGAUACGCUUAAAGGUGUUUGCCUCCCAUUUUUUGCAGUUGGGUUUUGUUUCCUCUUUGAUUGGUUUUAAUAGUCAAGGUGGCAAAGUUAACUUUGAGACACUAUUUCGUUGCAGAACCUUUCGUGACAUUAUAAGCUGGGUUCAUGUGCAAUAUAUUGAAUGUUCUCAAGGUUGGCUCCAAUUAGCCGAUCUACUUUUGUAAAUGCAGAUAGAUGAUGCUGUUUUCAGUGUUUGUAGAUAAAUGUAAUUUCCGGGUACUCUUUUUCCCUACCAGAAUCUUGUGAUUUUGUAAGAAACAUCUCGUCUCUUUCUUACAUUUAACUUGCUUUUGUUUUUUUGUUCAAGAUACAUACAUUUUGUUUAAUGUAGCUCCUGACAUGCCGUAUCUCCUUAAG